AGUGCACCUGUUCCACGUGCUCCUAUAAUAAAGAGGUCUCACAGCAUUUCGGCAGUUCUGCUUUUGGAGUUUUCACAUCUACACGUCAAACCGAUUCGUCGCCUUUUUAAACAACAGAGUUUAUACAAGAUGUUGAAAUUCUCUGGUAUCGGUAUUGCUCUUCUGGGACUUGUCCUCGCUAUUGACGGACACAAAGUGGCACCGGAUCGCCGGUGUGAUGUGUUCCGGGAUGGCACAGGGAACAUCAUGGUCGAAGGCAUGGGGUGUAGAUACUACCUCUCGUGCUGGAACUUCAUCAUCGCUUACGAACCAAUGCCCUGUGCUGGGGGCUCCAUCUUCAAUCCAGACACUGGCAGGUGUGAUGCGGUGGAAUGCAUCGAUAUAACCAUUCCGUCUCAAUAUGACUGUCAACCGGGUUCUCUGGCGGAAGAUUGUAGCCGCUACAACAUCUGUUUCAACACGUUCCAUAUCUCAUACACUUUCCAAUGUGGCGAGGAAACCUACUACCACAACGAACUACUCGUGUGCGUCAAUCCCAAAGAGUACCCUGCUGUGCCACGGAGCCAGGGAUGCGUCUACAACCCCUAGUAACCGCAGCCACGACAACUGCAGCACCUACAUCUACAACUCCUAGUAGCCACAGCCACGACAACUGCAGCACCUACAUCUACAACUCCUAGUAACCGCAGCCACGACAACUGCAGCACCUACAUCUACAACUCCUAGUAACCACAGCCACGACAACUGCAGCACCUACAUCUACAACCCCUAGUAACCACAGCCACGACAACUGCAGCACCUAUAUCUACAACUCCUAGUAACCACAGCCAAAACUGCAGCAACUACAUCUACAACAACAGCAGCACCUAUAUCUACAACAACUGCAGCACCUACAUCUACUGUGCUAGUAACUAUCUUGUUGCUCAUGACCAGUGUUUAUGAGGACGAUCAUUCAAGGUUGGGGUAGAUAUAGUACUGCAUGUAUUACUUAUUGAAACAUAACAAUAACGCUUCAUAAACGCAUUAAAAUGAUGCUACAAAUAAACAAUAAGAUUAAAAGAAAUAUAUAUUUA